AAUGGCCGCUCGACGUGAUUCUAUUCACCGACACUGAGAACUCUAAAGUCCAGAAAACUCUACAGUCUGAUCUGGAACUAUUGAAACAAACCCAACCUCUCAACACGGGGGAGUUUUUUAAAUGAAUAAUGUCUCGCUGGGUGCCAACGAAGAAGGAGAAGUACGGAGUUGCAAUCUACAAUUACGAUGUCCGUGGAGACGAGGAGCUGUCGCUACAGAUUGGAGACACCGUCCACAUACUAGAGACAUAUGAAGGCUUGUACAGAGGUCACAGGCUGAGGAGGAAGUCCAACAACUGCUUCACAUGGUCUGUCCUCUAUCAAUCUAUUUAUUGUGUGUCCUGUCUUUCCCGUCUUCUGUUCCAGGGGAUCUUUCCUGCCUGUUACAUUCACCUCAAGGAGGCCACCGUUGAAGGCAAUGGGCACAAGGAGACGGUGAUUCCCAACGAGCUGCCUCUGGUCCAGGAGGUCACCACCACCCUGCGGGAGUGGGCUUCCAUAUGGAGAGACCUCUACGUGGGGGACAGGCGUGAGAUGUUUAACUCUGUCAGGGACAUGAUCUAUGACCUGAUCGAGUGGCGAUCUCAGAUCCUGUCAGGGACGCUCCCACAAGACGAGCUGACUGAGCUAAAACAGAGAGUCACCUCUAAGAUCGACUACGGGAACAAGUACCUGGAUCUAGACCUCGUGGUGAGAGAUAAAGAUGGCAACAUCUUGGACCCCGACUCUACCAGCACCGUCUCUCUCUUCAGAGCCCAUGAAGCGGCUUCCAAACAGAUCGAGGACAGGAUCCAAGAGGAGAAGUCUCAGAAACAGAAUGUAGAUCUGAGCAGGCAGGCCAAGUUCGCCCAGACACCGUCCUUCGCUCUCUUCGUCACCCUGAAGAACGUGGUGUGUAAGAUCGGAGAAGAUGCAGAGGUCCUCAUGUCGCUCUACGACCCUGUUGAGUCAAAGUUCAUCAGUGAGAAUUACCUGGUGAGAUGGUCCAGUCAAGGCCUGGUGAAGGAUAUCGACCAGCUACAUAACCUGAGAUCAGUCUUCACUGACCUUGGCAGUGAGGAUUUAAAGAGAGAGAAGAUCAGCUUUGUGUGCCAGAUCGUUAGAGUCGGACGGAUGGAGCUCCGUGACAACAACACCAAGAAGCUGACCUCUGGGCUGAGGAGACCCUUUGGAGUGGCAGUAAUGGAUGUGACUGACAUCAUAACAGGCAAGAUGGAUGAUGAGGACAAGCAGCAUUUCAUCCCCUUCCAGCCGGUGGCGGGGGAGAGCGACUUUCUCCAGACCGUCAUCAACAAGGUCAUCGCCGCCAAGGAGGUCAACCACAAGGGACAAGGUCUGUGGGUGACCCUGAAACUGCUUCCGGGUGAUAUCCAUCAGAUCAGGAAGGACUUCCCUCACCUGGUUGACCGUUCCACAGCCGUGGCCCGCAAGAUGGGCUUCCCAGAGAUCAUCAUGCCAGGUGACGUGCGUAACGAUAUCUACGUAACCCUGGUUCAGGGAGAGUUUGAUAAAGGCAGCAAGUCCACCAAGAAUGUCGAGGUCACCAUGACCGUCUACGACGAGGACGGAAAGAAACUGAGUCUCUUUCAGAACGUGAUGUUCCCUGGUGCUGGAGACGAGGGCAUCUUGGAGUACAAGUCUGUCAUCUACUACCAGAUCAAACAGCCACGCUGGUUUGAAACCAUCAAGGUUGCCAUCCCCAUUGAAGAUGUGAACCGAAGUCACCUGCGAUUCACCUUCCGUCACCGAUCAUCUCAAGAAUCUAAAGACAAAUCGGAGAAGAUAUUCGCCCUGUCGUUUGUGAAGCUGAUGAGGUACGAUGGGACGACCCUGAGGGACGGAGAGCACGAUCUCAUCGUAUACAAGGCGGAGGCUAAGAAGCUGGAGGACUCGUCUCUGUACCUGAACCUGCCUGCUACCAAGGUGGAGCUGGAGGAGAAGGGUUUGUCCACUACAGGGAAGGGUUCACACAACCUGGGCAACUGUACCAUCAGCAAGGACUCCUUCCAGAUAGCAACCCUGGUGUGUUCCACCAAGCUCACACAGAACGUGGAUCUGUUGGGCCUGCUGAAGUGGCGCUCCAACACCAGCCUGCUACAGCAGAACCUCCGACAACUGAUGAAGGUCGAGGGAGGAGAGGUCGUCAAGUUUCUGCAGGACACCCUUGAUGCCCUGUUUAACAUUAUGAUGGAGAACUCAGACAGUGACACGUUUGACACCCUGGUGUUUGAUUCCUUGGUAUUCAUAAUUGGACUCAUUGCAGACAGAAAGUUUCAGCACUUUAACCCCGUCCUUGAGACCUACAUAAGGAAGCAUUUCAGUGCUACUCUGGCGUACACGUGA